GAGAAAUGGGAAUAUCCCAGUUUUUUUUUUGUUUGUUAUCCUUCUUUGUCUAUUUGACAAAUAACACAAUUUGGAUCUAACUGCUUAAUCCUCCGAAAUCUUAUCUUAUGCAGAGAUAUUGAAAUAAUUGCAAGUUUCCACGGGUUGUUUUGUGGAGUAACAAGGCCAUGAGAGACGAUGUCUCUUCUUAGUAAAGACACAGAUUCAGCAUUUGAGGGUGCAGGAUCAAAGGCUGGUUUAGAAAUAUGGUGUAUUGAGAACCUUCGGCUGGUUCGUGUCCCAAAGUCUUCGCAUGGAAAAUUUUACACUGGAAAUGCAUACAUAAUUUUGAAUACUGUUUUGCCCAAAAGCGGCCCUCCUCAACAUGACAUACAUUAUUGGCUCGGAAAUGAUACAAACAAGGUGGACUCAGCCUUGGCAUCAGACAAGGCACUCGAAUUGGAUGCUGCUCUAGGGUCCUGCACUGUCCAAUAUAGGGAGCUUCAAGGCCUAGAAACGGAAAGAUUUUUGUCUUACUUCAAACCUUGUAUUAUACCCAUUGAAGGAGCAUAUUCUUCACAAGAAGGCCACUUAAAUGGUGAAACAUACAAAGUCAGCUUGUUAACAUGCAAGGGAGACCAUGUUGUUCACAUUAAAGAAGUGCCUUUUUCCCGGUCGUCGUUGAACCACAAUGAUGUAUUCAUUCUUGACACUGCAUCAAAAAUUUUCCUCUUCAGUGGGUGCAACUCUAGCAUACAAGAAAGAGCUAAAGCUUUGGAGGUUGUUCAGUAUAUCAAAGAGAAUAAGCAUGGUGGAAAAUGUGAGGUGGCUACAAUAGAGGAUGGAAAGUUUGUUGGUGAUUCUGAUGUGGGUGAGUUCUGGAGUUUAUUUGGUGGUUUUGCUCCCAUUCCUCGUGACUCGCCUUCUUUUCAGAAACAGUCUGACACUCCCUCUGUGAAACUGUUCUGGAUAACUACUCAGGGCAAACUAUGUCAAACUGGAACUGACUCAUUGGAUAAGAAAAUGCUCGAGACAGACAAGUGCUUUUUGUUGGACUGUGGCGGUGAGGUUUUUGUUUGGAUGGGAAGACAAAGCUCAAUUUCGGAACGGAAGAUAUCAAUCUCCGCAUCAGAAGAUUUCCUCAGAAAUCUGGACAGAUCAACUGGGACCCAAUUAACUUUUUUAACUGAAGGAUUAGAGAGUGCCAUAUUUAGGUCAUACUUUGAUAAUUGGCCUCAAAAAGUGGAGCCCAAGCUAUAUGAAGAAGGUCGAGGGAAAGUAGCAGCACUAUUCAAGCAACAGGGUUAUGAUGUGAAAGAGAUUCCUGAAGAAGACUCUGAGCAUUUUAUAAAUUGCAGAGGCUCACUAAAAGUUUGGCGGGUUAAUGGUGAUGAGUUAUUCCUUCUUCCAGUUCUAGAGCAGACAAAACUUUUCAGUGGGGAUUGCUAUAUAGUGCAGUUUACAUAUCCUGGAAAUGAUAGGGAGGAGAAUUUGUUUUAUGCAUGGCUUGGUCGCAGGAGUGUAAUGGAAGAUAGAAAGGCCGCCAUCUCCCAUAUGAAUGCAAUUGUUGAUUCAUCGAAGGGGGAUCCUGUUUUGGCUCAAGUUGUAGAGGACAAGGAGCCAGUUCAAUUUUUCUUGAUUUUCCAGGCAUUAACCAUUUUCAAGGGAGGUAUGAGCAAAGGAUACAAGAAAUUUAUAGCAGAAAAAGGUAUCACGGAUGAAACUUAUGAGGAAAACAAGACAGCUCUUUUUCGAGUUCAAGGGACAAGUCCAAACAAUAUGCAAGCUAUCCAAGUUGAUCCAGUUUCAAGCUCCCUGAACUCAUCCUAUUGUUACAUUCUGCAAACUGAAACAUUUAUCUUCACUUGGAUUGGGAAUCUCUCUUCAACCAGAGACCAUGAUCUCCUUGACAGAAUGCUGGAAUUGAUAAAUCCAACCUGGCAAUCCACAUCAGUGAGGGAAGGGAGUGAACCUGACAUUUUUUGGAAUGCACUUGGUGGAAAAGCAGAGUAUCCAAGGGAAAAGGAGAUGAAAGGAUGCAUAGAAGAUCCACAUUUGUUUGCACUGAACACCAAUGAAGGAGACUUCAAGGUGAAAGAGAUAUACAAUUUUACGCAGGAUGAUUUAACUACAGAAGACGUGUUAGUUCUAGACUGCCACAGAGAGAUAUAUGUUUGGAUUGGAUGCCACUCAAAUAUUAGAUCAAAGCAACAAGCUCUUAUUCUCAGUCGGAAAUUUGUUGAGAUGGACAUUCUCGUUGAAGGGCUAUCUCUGGAGACUCCUAUCUUUAUUGUUACAGAAGGACAUGAGCCACUGUUUUUCACUCGUUUCUUUGAAUGGGAUUCCUCUAAGGCAAAUAUGCAUGGCAACUCAUUUGAGCGGAAGCUUGCUAUUCUGAAGGGAAAACCACAAAAUUUAGAAGUAUCCAUAAGAAGCUCAUGGAAGGCAUACUCCAGGGAGACUACACCAGAUGGUUUGAGAAGCAAGUCUGUCAGUUCCAAUGGACAGGGAAGAAGUGCAUCUCCUGCAUCAACUGUUUCAGGUUCAAAUUUGAUGUCUCCAAGCAAUCACCUGUUCUCUGGACCAACUCCAAUUGUCAGAAAGCUCUUUUCAGGAUCUUCUCCUCUCGGCGGUGCUGCUUCUCCAGCAGUAGAGCCAAGGUCACCUUCUCAGGGUGUGGGUCUCAUUCAGGCUGAUGGAAGUGGGGAUUCCGUAAACUUGUUAAUAUAUCCAUAUGAACGGUUAAAAGUGAUUUCUAGUGACCCGGCGGCAGGAAUAGAUGUAACUAAACGAGAGGCAUAUUUAUCCGACCAGGAGUUUCAAGACAAAUUCGGAAUGACGAAAAGAGCUUUCUACGAGCUUCCUAAAUGGAGACAGAACAAGCUCAAGAUGUCUCUUGAUCUGUUUUAGGGCAUGCUAUCUUGAGACUAAAGCUAGAUGAUGAUCUCAACUCAUGCUCUUUUUCUGUUGUCGAAAAUCAACAGAUAUUUCUUCUAAGAUAGUACCACCGGCAUUUUACAACCAAAAUGUGGUCCUAUAUUGCAUGUCUUACUCCACAUCUAAGCCAAUACUGUAAGCUUGAAAUAAGAAAUCCUUGAUUGAAGUUUUGGCAAA